GCGCACAGCGCACCGUCACCAGCCGCUCUCCCUGCACCGUCUCCCGGCCUGACUCGACAAAAUGGGUUUAGAGAAGGAGAAAUUGGAUACCAGCAUAAUUAUGGACGAAGAUGAGUUCAACAGAUCGAUAGAGCCCAUUCUAUCGAACAAGGGGAAAGUGUAUACAGCGUCACCCGACAGAGAUCCAAACGAUAUCAACCCACAUCUGAAGGUGGGUUUUGAAGAUGUCAUCGCGGAGCCCAUUUCCACACACAGUUUUGACAGAGUGUGGAUUGGAAGCCACGCCACCUUUGAGCUGGUCAAAUUCGGCUUUUACCGCCUGUUGACUACUCUACUUGCUGUGCCCGUGGCUUUCAUCCUCGGGAUAGUGUUUGGAGUGCUCAGCUGUGUUCACAUCUGGGUGGUGAUGCCUAUGAUCCAGAGCUUCAUGAUGCUCUUACCGUCUAUCCACAUUGUGUGGAGGAGUCUGAUGGACAUUCUCGUAACGCCGCUUUUCCACAGUAUGGGGAAAAUCUUGUCCUCCAUUCAAGUCAAGGCUACAGAAAACUGAAACUUCUGUCCCUGGGGAGAAAGAAAUGUGCCGGGGGGACUGGGGUCAGUGAUGAAAGAGUGACUGAAGCGAGUAGGAUACAUCAGCUCUAAGUGAAGUAUGAUAUCCUGGUGGAUGUUAUUGCAAAGUAAUAUUCUGUAGAUUUUUUAUUUUUUUUUGAAAAAUGUGGCCAUGAGGGCUAAGUUUGUCAAACAUAUAAUCUGAUCUGCUUUUUCUCAGAACACAUCAAAUGAACCACAUGGUUUGAAACAGCAAAAACACACCUGUGUUCAGUCUGACUGAAACAAGGUUAAAACAUUAGAAAAUUAGAAAUUUAAGAUAUGCUAUGAACAUAUUUCACUAACCCUUUUCAGUGUAUCAAGCAAAGACACGAUGCAAAUAACAUGACUUGCAAAUAAGCAAAUCUGCACAUGCAGUCAUCUAAUGAAACCCUCAUAUAUUUGCAGACAGCUUGUGUGCACCGCCCAAAAUGGAGUUGUUUUGCUGAUUGUGACCAAAAAAAAUGUUUGUCAUUCCAUUCCUUUGUGGGUGGCAGAGUUGUAAAAAUUGUUGCUGUUCAACCUAACAUAUUGCUGACUUGCUAAGAGAUGUAAUAUUUUUUGCUUUUUUAUCUAUAUAUAUUGUGUAUAAUAUUAAGCAUUCAGCUGGAAGUUUAGUGUAAUGAACCGAAUAGUUUGCUCAAGAGCAGUUUAUUGGAAUAUUAAGUGCUAUGAAGCAGCUUGUUGCACAUUUGCAGCCUUAUUUUACUGUAUCAGCAAUAAUAAUGGGCAUUUGCUUAUGUAUGGAGCAUACAGUUAUUUAAUUAUGUUAUAUAAACAGGAUUGUAGAUCAUUUUAGAGGGGCCUUUCUAAUUUAUUAUUUAUGGGACAAUUAGUUCUUGAUUGACAGACACUGACAUCAAAAGACUUUACUACAGUGUGAUGAAGGAGUUCCGUAUUUCAUUCGACUGAAGCCUUGGUUGAGCUGAGUGAGACUGUGGUACAUGCAUUUUGGAUAAGCUCUGUUUACUGCAACACAGCAGCUUAGUGAGCUGGGAUUUGGAAUACUUCUACAGCUGGAAUUCAUUUAAAAAAUGACAUGAUUUUUACCAUUUUGGAGUGGUUUUGAUAAAUGUUUAAUUUGAAAUAUAAGCUUGCACAGCUCCUACUUGCAAUGAUCUGCACAGUCCAAAGUUUAAAAUGUGUUAUUGAGAGCAUCAGUUCAGCAGUCAGGUCUGCGUGUCAGGUACAUGCUUAUAUGUCUGUUUGCUUUUGUACUGUUUUCACUGUGCACUUCUGUCAAGUGCAAACCCACCUUAGACACUCAUGGUCUAAAACCAAACUUUGGUAUAGUCCGCACAUCCCUUCUCAUUCCCAGACCGUCAAAAGAAAUUAUUUCUGUCAAAGCCACUGACAGAACUUAACAACAUAUGUUCAUUCCAGUAAUGAGUAAUGUUACGUUUCCUCUUCUUUAGAAAUCUGUGACUACUUUUGUAACAACAUACAGGGAAGCACAGUGGCUGGCAAUGUGGCAUCGCUGCAAGAGAUAUGAAUUUGCUGGCCAACUGUGGCCUUUCUGUAUGCAGUUUGCAUGAUCUCCUUGUGCCUGCGUGGGUUCUCUCCAGGUGCCCGGCACCCUCCCACGGCCCAAAGACAUGCAUGUUGAGUUGCUUACUGGUUCUAGAUUGGUUGUAGGUUUGAAUACACCUGGAUGACUGUAUGUCUCUGUGCUAGCUCUGGGGUGGACUGGUGAUUUAUAGGCUGUACUCUGCCUCUCAUUCUAUUACAGCUGGGAUAGACUCCAGAACCUUUCCACCCUGCAGUGGAUGGAUGGAUUAUCACACUGAAAAUUCAAAAUAGCCUUUAAGGUUUUGCAUCAGCUCUCAUAAAAAUACCUGACUAGGAUUCCAACUAAGGAAACGCUAGGUCAUUUGCUGCCAUUUGGACUGAUCUUCAGAGCUUUAGUUUAUAAUUUUACACUACCAAGCAGUGAGUGAUGGGUAUACAUUUCCAGCUAUACCUCCUGUUUGGUGCCUCGGGAUGAGAAUGUGUAUGUUGUUGCUUGGUUAGUUGCUUUUACUGUUUGAAGUCUGAAAAACUUGACAGCAAGCUAAAACGCCUGUAUACCUCUCACAUACUGUAUUAUCUCACUGUUGUGGCUCAUGUUAUAAACAGAUGCUACAUCCAGGUGACACUGACCAACAUUUCCACAUAUUCGAGUUUCUGCAGUCCUUUGUAGUCUUGUAACAAAUAUCAGAAUUUUUAAGUAGAUGCUAUAGUUUCAUUAGAAGCUAGUCGCUAACGUUGUAGUCUCUUGUUGGAGAUAGUAAAAUGGGUUCAUCCGAAAUGGACACACAACAAAAGUUAAACUUGUUCAGUGCAAUUAAGUUUAUAGUAGAUCACAAUUCAGAUUUUUCAAGGAAGAUGAAUCAGUUGAAAUAAAAGCUACAUUGGCAUGUACUGGUGGUUGCACUGCUGGCUAACCUGCUGAACAUUUAAAUCAAAAAGCUGAACGCUGUAUGAUGCAAUGCUUUGUUUCAAUGCAUUUUGUUGGGCUUUGUGGUCAGCUCUUGGAUGACCAUUAAAGUAGAGUUGUACAACUGAAGGUGGAAGACAGUUGUGUGCAGCAGCAGCAUGAAACCACAACAUUUCAUCUGGGCUUUUUAUUCUAGCACAGGCUAUAUAUUCAUUAAAGACAAAAAGGUUAUAAUACUGUAAGGUAUUCACUUGUCACUAAAGUAAAACUACUUAAACUACUUUACUUUAACAGUAAUGAUGCUACUUUUAUGAGUUUGAUUUAAAUUUUUCUGGUUACUGUUUUACACAACAUUGACACAUUUUGGAAUGAAACUCUUAUUUUAACAAUAAAUAUGUCCUUCAUGACAAAAAUAAAGAUCUUUUUUUUCCUUAA